GCAGAGUAAAAUCUAUCUAUCUAUCUGUCCUAUGUGCCACAAUAGAACAUCAUCCUAAAUUGUUUUUUUAAAAGGUUUUGUAAAUUGUGGCUGAUGCAAGUCAUGUAAUGGUCCUAGAGAAAGACAUGCUGUUCUGGUAGCUCCAGGUCUUAACAUUCACAUCAGCUUCGGAGGAUGAAUACAAGUGAAGGAAGCCCGGGCAGGUGUGUGGCUGGGGGAGUCAGUCAUGUGACUUGCCUCUGGGGGGCCCCAGACAACUGUCUGCCCUUGCCCUAUUAUAGUUACGCCCCUGGAUGCUUGUGUCUGCACGUUUCCUCCCCUUUUGCACUCCCCUGCAGUUGCUUGCUUCUGCUUUGGCAUAAACCAUAGUUUGCCAUUAUGUCUCGGCUUGCAAACUGCAGGUUGUGCUAUAGACCCACAGCCCUGAUCCUCAAAGGCCACUAAUAUGAAAAACACCCCCCCCCCCAAUCUAAUCCACCUUCUGGUGGCUGUUGAGCAGGAUAGGGGCCAAGGACAAUCUUCCACAGCAGAAUUUAUCUCUGAAUACACCUUUUGAAUUCAGGUACCUUUUGGUCUAGACUACUUUUGACGCUGCCUUCUGUCCAUGGCUUGCCAGUCUUGAGAGUCAUCCAAGAACAUCCAUUUGGCUAUGGCCAUCCAUGUGGCCAUGGAGAGCAAGGCGCUCCUGUAGAGAGAAAUUCAGUAGCAACUAUUCCAUACUUCUGGAUCUUCCUUUCCUUUAGAGCUUUAACAUCAUCUUGGCAAAAAUUUGUGGCUGGGCUGAGCAGGGGGUUCGUCUCUGUGGCCAUAAUGUAGAAAACGGUUGUUGACACGAGCUAAAUAGAACCUCCAUGUAUUGAGGCAGUCUACCUCUGAGUACAGAUGCACUAAUAUUUCCUUAGGCCUGUGGUGUGGACUCCUCAGAGCCUUUAGCUGGGCUAGAUCCAGCAGGUCUCUUAUGGUUGUGUCUUAAAAAAAAAAAAAAAAAAGCAACUCCCACUGUGGCAUUAAAUAAAGCCUUCCUCCCUAGCAUAUCUGCAUAGGAUUGCGGGCUUGCAUCCCUAAACCCAAUCUCCCCCCCGCUUGGAAGAUGGAUGUUUUGUCUCGUCUAUAUCAAACGGGAUUUUUCGCAAGCAAGUGUGGGAGGAAAUCCAGGUUGAAUUACAGCCUUCGAGAACUCGGCUCUGACACUGGAGGGGGUUUAAAAAAAAAAAAAAGCAAGCAACACUCUCAACUCCAAAAAAUCUGGAAAGAAUCGCCCCCCCCCCCCACUAGUGCUUCCAAAAGGGGCCACACGGCCAAGAUGCUCCCAGCUGCAGAGGCGUGGGGGCGGGGCCUGGUGACGCACCCUGGGGAGGCCCCGCCCACUUCCGACCUUGUCCUGGGAAAGAUCUGAGAGCAGUACCGGCUGGCCGGCUCGCAAGGAUGACCUCCUGUCCCGCUACUCCUGCCUGCAGGAAAGACUGGGUGGACAUGCAAGGUUUAAACCUUGGCUAGGACGCUCCCCUGUUCCUCCUCCUCCCUCCUCUCUUGCUGUCCCUCCACCUUCUACCUCAGUCCAGAAGAAGCUGAAGAUGCGAGCCUGGAAAGCCGUGGCCAGCACUCUGGCUUUCACAGGUGUGGACGUGACGGUGACCAGUUUGCUGUACGAACACAGCCACAGCGGCAGCAGCAUCCUUCAGGACCUCAAGCACUUUAAUAUCUUCAACUCCAUGUUGGACGUUUGGGGGGCUUGUCUGUACAGGAGUUGCUUGCUUCUGGGCGCGGCGAUCGGGGUAGCCAAAAAUACCAACUACGGCCCCAAGCGGUUGAAAGCCUCCCGGACUCUGAUCACACUCGUCUGUCUUGCUGUGGGGAUUUAUGCCCUGGUCAAGCUGCUCCUCUACUCGGAGGUGAGGAAGACCAUCAAGGACCCCUGGUUCUGGAGCUUGUUUGCCUGGACAUAUGUCUCGCUCGUAGCCACGUUCGCUUUAUGGCAGCUGCUGGCUUCUGUGAAACCCGCCCGGGAGACUCUGGGAGUCAAUUCCGAAUCCAGGACUGAAGCUGAGGAGAUUGGUGACCCGAGUUCCCUCGGCACUCAGGAAAAGAAAGAGGAGGCUUCGGCAGCUACCAUCUGCAAGCUCUUGUCUUACACCAAGCCAGACGUCCACUUCCUUAUCGUGGCCUUUUUCUUCCUCUUACUUGCUGCUUUAGGAGAGACGUUCCUUCCCUACUACACAGGCCGGGCCAUCGAUGGAAUCGUCAUCCAAAAGAGCAUGGACCGGUUUUCCAGUGCAGUGGUGAUAAUGGCCAUUUUAGCCAUAGGAAGCUCAUUUGCCGCAGGUAUCCGGGGUGGCGUCUUUACGCUGAUUUUCGCCAGGUUGAACAUCCGGCUUCGCAACAGCCUUUUCCGCUCGCUGGUCUCGCAGGAAAUGAGUUUUUUUGACGAAAAUCUCACCGGCGACAUUAUUUCCCGGCUGACCUCCGACACCACGAUCGUGAGUGACCUGGUCUCGCAGAACAUCAACAUCUUCCUGCGUAACGUGGUCAAGGCCACGGGAGUGAUUGUCUUCAUGUUCAGCCUGUCUUGGCAGCUCUCCCUGGUGACUUUCAUGGGCUUCCCCAUCAUCAUGCUCGUGUCGGACCUUUACGGGAAAUACUACAAGAAGCUCUCCAAAGACGUUCAGAACGCGUUGGCAAAAGCCAACAAUACAGCUGAGGAAACCAUCUCAGCUAUGAAGACUGUCCGCAGCUUUGCCAAUGAGGAAGUUGAAGCGAACGUCUAUUGGGACAAGCUGCAGCAGGUCUACAAACUCAACAAAAAAGAAGCCAUGGCUUACACGUACUACGUGUGGUCCAGUGGACUCACACUCCUGAUCGUUCAAGUCAGCAUCCUGUACUACGGUGGCCACCUGGUGAUCUCUGACCGGAUGACCAGCGGGAACUUGAUAUCCUUCAUUAUUUAUGAGUUCGUCCUGGGAGACUGCAUGGAGUCCAUUGGAUCAGUCUACAGCGGGCUGAUGCAGGGAGUUGGAGCUGCUGAGAAAGUGUUUGAAUUCAUAGACCGCAAGCCAACCAUGGUGCAUGAUGGGACUCUGGCCCCUAGCCAGCUGGAAGGCAAAGUGGAGUUCCGGAACGUCACUUUUGCUUACCGCACCCGACGGGCAACCCAGGUUUUGCAGAAUGUCUCCUUCACCCUCCACCCUGGGAAAGUGACGGCACUGGUGGGACCUUCUGGCAGCGGGAAGAGCUCUUGCGUCAACAUUAUGGAGAACUUCUACCCUCUGCUCGAUGGGGAAGUCCUGCUGGAUGGGCAGCCUAUCAAUAUGUAUGAGCACAAGUUCCUGCAUUCCGUGAUCUCUUUGGUGAGCCAAGAGCCGGUGCUCUUUGCCCGAUCGAUUGCGGCAAACAUCUCCUAUGGCUUGACCUCAGCCCCUUACGAAUCUGUCGUUCAGGCUUCCCAGAAGGCCAAUGCGCACACGUUUAUCACGGAAUUGCAAGAUGGCUACCACACAGAAGCUGGAGAAAAGGGAGCCCAGCUUUCUGGUGGUCAGAAGCAGAGAGUGGCUAUUGCAAGAGCUUUGAUCAGAAACCCUCCAAUCCUGAUCCUGGAUGAAGCCACAAGUGCACUGGAUGCAGAGAGUGAGCAUGCAAUCCAGCAGGCCAUUUAUGGGGAUGUCCAGAACCACACGGUGCUCAUCAUAGCACACAGGCUGAGCACUGUGGAGAAGGCACACAAUAUUAUUGUUCUUGACAAGGGUCACGUGGUACAGCAAGGGACACACAAGCAGCUCAUGGAAGAAGGAGGCCUUUAUUACAAGCUGGUGCAAAGACAGAUCCUGGGUCACGAAACUGGCACGGGGGACAGCUGUCAACUGGACGGCAGCUUGACCAGCGUCCGGAGAGAUUCUCCACAGACUGGAAAGGCCGAAGAGCUCCGGGUGUAACGGCACAUGUGGCAGCCUCUCCAACUUGGACUGGGCGAUCACACUGUCGAGCAAACUCAGAGGCAAAAGCACUACAGAGUCCAGCUGGCAUCCUGCUGGGAGAGGCAUCCUCUUAACUAAAGCCUCACCAGUGUCUUCUGUACGACGAGGUCUGUUUACAGCCAUAAGCACUAAGCUUUUCAUGCACAUUCUUCCUAGCAGACAGAGCUCUGCUGAUCAGCAAGAGAGGCAGCGGUCUAACCAUCCUCGGGGCAGCCCAUGAGUUAUCCCCCCCCCCAAUGAUAACGCAUGUAAAAUGUUCUGCCGUCUGUAACUGAUGUGAUCUUAGGUGCAUGCAUUUGUAUGAGGAGGAGGACAACCUGUGAAGGAUUUUGGAAGGUGGUUGUGUGUGUACUGGUGAGAGAGGGCUGGCUGAACAUUGAGGUCUGAGCCAGCAGCAGCUUUUUGGGAUCACUGCAGUCCCUGUGAACAUCCAUGGAAGUUUGGUUGGGCCUAAAGUGCAGCACAGUCAUUGACACAUACUUCCUACAGGGUGCUUGACCCAAUUUUUGACAGACCCGGGGAAAAUAGCUAUUGGUUCUGGAUACUGCCAAUGUGGAAUGUGGGCAGCUUAAUAUAGUGUGAUAUUCACACUGUGGGAGCAUGAUAACUUCUAAAAGGCAGGAGCCUUUAAGGCUAUUUAGUGUGGGCAUCCAGAACCAUUGUUCCUUUUUGAAAAAACUUAGGCUACGUUCUCCAAAGCAGCCCUGCAGCAGAAUCUCCAUCUGCUCUGAAGCGAUGAAAGGUGACUGGUGACCUGCAUCCUCAGCCUGCAGUGGUUACCUUGAUGGUAGCGAACCUUCUAGCAGAUGCUUCUUCCUACAAAAGUCUGUUUAGCAGUUGAUUUUAGAGGUGGGCAGUUGAUUGGAAAAAGAGAAGCAGCUUUAAAUUGCAAGCUGGAACAAUUUUUAAAACUGGAUACCUCAGUUGGCUUCUUGCAUCUUGUCAAUUUGGCCACCCAAAUUCGCAGCAAACAAGACAAUGCUAUUUGCAAGGGCAGUAUGUGUUUUGUCAGGGAGGGGAGGGGUGUGUAUUUAGAUUCCUCAAAGCUGGCAUGAGACACACACCCACACCCCAUUCAACAUGCUUCACUGGAUGCAAUUCCCGUUCAAAGUAGGAGGUUGGGCAAGAGCACACCUGUUCGCUUGCAUGGCUAACUUCUUUCCAGGCAGUUUUCCGAUGCAUUGUGCCCAGGUGUGCAUGUGUGAGCGUGUUUGUGUGCAAAAUCCCAACACAGUCUUAAGGUGUGGACCCUGCUAGCAAUUCCAAAUAAUUGGUGAGUUAUGGGAGUCAUUCUUUGCUUUCUUUUGAUAAUCAGGUUCAGGCUGCCUGUAUGACUGUGUUUAAGUGUGUGCGUGUGCGAUUGAUAUCAGUGUAAUCGGGAGGGGGAGCAAGAACUUUGAUUCUAGCUCCAUUUGCACUAUCAAAUUUGACCUGGACUACUUACAGUUUGACACACGACUGGGUAUCGGGCAGCCAUUGGUGUGCUUUAGAAGACAGAACAAGGCUAUGAAUGGAGACUGAGCCAUUUCAGGAAAGGUUUUUUCUUCACUCUCUUAAACUCUCGAAUUGCACUCUGUUAUGAAAUAACCUCAAGCACUUUAGCUCAUUUUAAUUCCUUUCUGAUAUUUUGAUGCUGCAGUGUUUCCAGCAGCGUUUUCUGGUUUGCAGUAUUUAACAGAAGCGUAUUGUCCCUCUUGGGUUUAGUGAUAUUUUACAAAGACUUUGCAAAAUAAAAAUAAGACUACCUCUGACACUCA